AUGGGGUGCGGUUCAAGCAAAGUGCAGCGCGACAAUGACACUCCAAAUACCAACUAUGAUAAACCUCGCACAGCACGCCAUACAGCAACUCGUCCACGGUCACAACGAAUAGGAUCCCAAGGAAGGCUUGCCACAGGCACCGCGGCUGGAAAUCGGGUUAGACCUCCACCUACACAUCUAAAACCAUACCAGAGUGAUUAUCCAAGAACACAUUCGCGAGCGACACGUCCGAGAUCUCAGUUUCAAACUGAAUCGAGGGCCGGACAGUCGAGAGCAGGUACAAGUCGCCGCUCUCCUAAAGCACGGAGGAAAAUCCCCAGCAGCCAACCGUCAACAGAUGACGAGAUUGAGGAGGUAAUUAAUUCGUUUAAACUGUUCAUUGAUGGGCACUCGAUCAAUUUCUAUCGCACGCAAUUCGACGACAGCGGGGCAUCGAUCCCCAGAUAUAUUGCGCGGACCAUCAUAUCCAAUAUUAUAGAGAAACGCUUGGAUGAAACUAGCGUUGCCCGGAACCUAAGCAACGCCCUCGAAAAGUACGCUGAGAAUCCAGCAGACGGGAAGCGGACUAAUCACCUCCUCGUUCUGUGUCGAAUGGCGAGUGAGAUAAGGAGCAUGACAGACGGACAUCCCGAAAGCUGGGUGUUCAAUUGGGGCGAAAAUGCCGAUAUCGUAUUUCCUAGUGUGAUGCGGGGAAAAGAAGAAUAUAUGGAGGCAGACAUGGGUACAUAA